UUUUUUUUUAUUCUCAUUCAUGUUUAGGUGCCGUUACCUCUUUUACAGUACUAUCGCUUUGAUUGUCUUUAAGUCACUCAGGGUUCAGACAAACUGCUAAAACUCCAAACCAAACAUCAUUAUCCUCUUCGCAACUUUAAGGUUUCUUAGUUGUUUCUUGUUUAAGUUUCAGGGUUUUGUUUGUUUUUUGGAAUGGAGGUGGACAGCUGUGAAUUUGGCGAUUCGGGCACCAAAGUAAUGGGGGUUCUGAACGGUGUUGUCAGAGCUGAGAUCGAUACUUCGGCGCCGUUUGAGUCAGUGAAGGAGGCUGUUACUCGAUUCGGUGGAAUCGGUUACUGGAAACCCUCUCAACAUAAGCUCAUCCCUGAAACUGAGCAUGAUAUGGAAGAAGUUGACAUUGCUAAAUUGGAGGAGCAAGCAGGACAAUUGGAGAAAGAUCUUGUUGUUAAGGAAAGAGAAACAUUCGAUGUGCUAAAAGAACUUGAAAGAACUAAAAGAACUGUCAAAGAACUAAAGUUAAAGCUGCAGAAAGAAGUGUCUGAAGUAAAUGUGACCCUUGAGAUGAACAAAGAUGUCAGGAAUGUGACCUCUGCGGUGAAAGAAGCAGAGAAAGAAAAUCAUCAAACUGGCCAUCCCAACUUGACAGGAAGUUCGAGCCUCUGCCCAUCAUCAGCUCCAGGUUUAAUUUUAAUGGAGUUGAAGCAGGCUAAAAUGAACCUUUCCAGGACAACUAAUGAUCUUGCUGACAUUCGAGGUUCUGUGGAUAUACUAAAUAAGAAGUUAGAGAAGGAAAGAAUUUCUCUUGAGAAGACUCGAGAGAGGCUAACUCAGAAUUCCUCUAACAUAUCAUCCCUUGAAGAAGAGUUAAAGAAAACAAGACAUAAACUGCAAGUAGCAAAAGAUGCUCAAACCAAAAGCAGUGCUGAUAAUCCUUUGGAUAUAUCAAGGGAGCUCCAACGAUUGAGUUCUGAGGCUGAGCAAUUCAAGAAAAUUGGAGAAGCUGCAAGAUCAGAGGUUUCAAGAGCAAUAUCUGAUACUGAACAGACUAGAACAAGAAUAAAAACAACUGAGAUGAGGCUACUUGCGGCCAAAAAAAUGAAGGAAGCUGCGAGAGCUGCAGAAGCUGUGGCUCUUGCAGAGAUCAAGACUCUCUCAUGCAGGGAGAGAUCGUCUGAUGUUCUAGUGCAAAAUGCUGAAGGGGUGACUAUUUCAUUUGAAGAAUACUCUUCCUUAAUGUGCAAGGCUCAAAAUGCUGAGGAACUUUCUAAUAGGAGAGUGGCAGAUGCUAUGCUCCAAGUUGAUGAAACAGAUGUUUCAAAAAUGGAAAUCUUGAAGAGGGUAGAGGAAGCCACGGAAGAAGUCAAAACUAGUAAGAAGGCAUUGGAAGAAGCAUUGAACAGAGUAGAAGCUGCAAAUAAGGGCAAACUGGCAGUUGAGGAGGCUCUUCGCAAGUGGAGAUCUGAGCAUGGACAGAAAAGACGAUCUGUACACAACUCUACCAAGUUCAAAAAUUCUUAUCCAUCUCACAAUCGAAAGGAUUCCCGUUUAUUAGAUGUGAAUCUGGUUAAUGAUGGUCCAACUUCUGUUUUGAAGCCAACCCUAUCAAUAGGGCAAAUACUAAGCCGGAAGUUGCUUCUGCCUGACGACUUUGAGACUGAGAUGUUGGCAGAGAAAGGCACUGUAAAGAGAAAGGUUUCAUUGGGUCAAAUGCUCGGUAAAGGAAAUGGUGAUUUCCCCUCCUCUCAAAAGAUGGAGAGAGAAAGUGGUCGCAAGCAGUUCUCUGGAAAGAGGAAGAAGUUCGGAUUUGCUCGCUUUUCACUUCUUUUAGCAAAACAGAAUAAGAAAAAGAAGCCAACUCUUGACUUGAGGUAGUGCUGUAAUUUGUUCCAAGUGAAGCGCUAACUCCUAGUUACUUGUUUUUUUCCUUCAUGUUCCCUGUUUUAUAUUGUGUUUGCUGGAUUCAAUUUAUCCUUUGUCCGUGCUUGUAAAGAUGAUUAGGAUAUUUAUAUCCUGAUCGUUAUGUGAGGCAAUGCUGCCAUGUUAUGCCAAUUACAUUCGUCUGUUACUUGGGUAUUCUUGCAAAUCGACAAUUAGUACUUGGCGUUUGACUUGAAUCUCAAAAUGCUAUAUUUAUACAUG